GAUUUUAUCCAACACAGCCACUUAGGCGGAAACAUCAUAUGCGGUAUACUCAUAGAUAUCUAUGCGGUAUACUGUGCCACGUGGUUUACUCUGCGGGCCUUUGGUGUCGUUUGACAGUAUGACAUUACAAUCGUGUUUACUUCACGAGUGUCAGGACAGAAGGACAUAACCCUGCGGAGGACCGACAGCCACCGCGAGUUAUUUUUCAAAACACCAGCUACCUGUGGUUAGGUUGUAGGCUCGUCUCUCCUCACUUGGUUACCACAACUGAGGCGGUGCUUGGCAGCUGUGUCGUAGGUGGAGAAAGCAGGAAUUUUUACUGCACAGAGAUUAGCCUAACGUUACACACCCCCGGCGACUGUCCUCCUCCUCCUCCUCCUCCUCUUGGGGCAUUUUAAACCUGCGAGUAGUUCUUGUGGGCGGACAUGGCCGACACGUUAAGGAGACUGACCAAUACAUCUUCCUUCAGCGUCUUACAGGACAAGCUUGAGAGCUGGCACAAAGACUACCAUGUUAUAUCCUGUGACCAGAAUCUAAAUAAAUGUUGUGAGCUGAUUGAACUAACUGCCAAGAUCCAGGGACAACUGUUCGCCAUCCUCAACCACACAGCGGCUGAAGGUGGACACUAUGCUGGAGUGGACACUCUCAAAACGCGCCUGCUGCCGUGGCUUGGAACCUGUUUCUCAAUGGCGAGGUCCUCGGUCACUGAUGACACCAGUCUGCAGCUCAUCCAGGAUUCAGCAGAAAAGGACAGAAGGAUCAGGGAGCUCUCUGCCUCCCAUGACAGUGAGCUGCAGAUGAAGGACACUCAGCUGUGCUCCACUCUCCGCCAGUUGGACUCUAUCAGAGCAGAAUUGGUCGAUACUCAGAAUGAACUGGAUGAGACAAAGAGCAAAUCAGCAACCACUCUGCUGGCCACUGAAGAUGAAAUUCUGCAACUGAAAGCAGAUUUGCGAUCUGCACAUGAGCAGGUGGAGAUUUAUAAGAGAAAGCUGGAGGCUCUUGAUGACAACGAGCGGCAGAUUCGCCUGCUGAGAGAUGAAGUGUCCUACCUGAGCACAGAGAAGGUCAUGCUGCAGGAAAGGUUGGUGAAAAGUCGUUCUCCGAGCCCCUCGCUGAGGCACAGUCGCUCUUCCAGCCCCAUGAGGAGUGAGUCGCCCACCAGAGCUCAGCUCACCAACACUUCCCGCUACGCACGCCUCGUAUCGCGCUUCAGCGACCUGUAUGCUGUGGAGCGGCUUGAGGCCCAGACCUUGCUUCGACGCCACAUUGCUGACUUAGAGAUGGUCCAGAAAAUCAUCUUCAUUGCUGUCAUGGAAUCCUUUAAGACAGCAAAACUGGCUUACCGUCAGUUCAAGCUGCGUGUGAGAAAGACGUUGUCCCCAUCCCACUUUGGGAUAGAAAGUCUGGAGGAUGCAGCUGUGGACUACAUUGUCAGAAACCUGGACCUUUAUGACAUUCAGGCCAGCGUCAAUGAUGUGAUCAAUGCCAUGAACGUGAACCCUCGGAUCUCUUUCCCGCCGGAGGUGGACUUUGUCCUCAUCAGUUCCUUGAUCAGGGAGACAUGCAGGGUGGCGUUUGCCAUGCAGACAUUGGAGCCCCCGCUCGACUUGGCCUUUGCCAGCGAUGGAGAACUUUACAACGACAGCAGGUAUCGUCGCAGCUAUGACUCGGAGUUCACUGCUCCUCUGGUGAUGUACCAUGUGUGGCCGGCCUUGGUGGAGGGAGAUGUCGUGGUAGUAAAGGGCGAGGCCGUGACUCGAAGGGGUGCUACGUGGAGUCGGAGCAGGAGUACCAGCCCUGUGCGCUCUCGCUCUCUCAGCCCAAGUCGCAAUCUUACAUUUAUCAGCAAAAGAAGCCUGUCUCCUCAACGUCUCAGAGCUAGCCACCUGUGAACUCUGAAAAAUAAUUUACACCUGUACUUCAUUUAUACCAUGUCAGUGAAAUAAAGUUUGAUGGAUUUUUAUCUGUAUGCUUUCACCAAAUAAAGCAAGCGAUCCUUAGAUACUGAGUUUACAUGGUUGGAGGGCAGAUUAAUGGGACGUUUACAGUAACUAGCAGUCAGUACAUUAUAGAAAAAACUAAAAUAGUUUGGCAGCUAACUUGACAGUUGUCUUAGUUUACUACAUUUACUCUUAGAUACAUAAUACUAACUGUAUUUUAGUGAUCACCAGAAACUUAAAGGUGCAUUUUUCAGGGGAAAUCAAGGCCUGCACAGUCCACUUUAGGAAACAUAUUCAACCUAUACUCCUCUCCUUCCUUUUAACCAAAGGUCUAUGUAGCAGUACUCUUUAGGACAUAAUUGUAGGACAUACAAUAUGGUGCUAAUGCUCAGUGCUAACUUCAACUCCUCCAGUACUUGAGUGACUGGUAUUGGUCAUUGUGGUUUUUAGUGUCAGUGGUUGCUGUGUUUUUUUGUAUUUCUUAAUUUUAUUUUGUGUUGCAGUUGUUUUAUAUUCUGGAUAUUUCUUUAAGAUAAAGUAAGACAUGAUGAUUAAAAACAUUUAACAUAACAUGACAUGUUUAUGACAUGAAUAACUGGGAAUGGUUUUGCUUUUUAAGUUUAAAAUAUAGAUUUGUAAUCAGAUUUUUUGGUUAGUUAAGAUUAGGACCAGUAGCUUUCAUUAUAGUAGCUAGUUAUUUUUGCAGAAAUGUCUGUAUGCAUUCCAUAUGGCAAUUCUAUUUAUUUACAACUUGCUGUAUAUCACCACUUAUAUAAUCAUAUGCAAUAGUACUGUACUUUCAUUUGCUCUUUAAUGGCUUGAAUUUACUGCGAUGAUUUGUGUUGUGUGAUGAAUAUAUUUGUGAACUGUGCCUUUUAUGAUUGACUUUUAAAGAAUAAAUGGCAAACCUUUAGUUUACUGCAA